AUGGAAGCUGAGCUAUCCAUUCUGUUCGACGAUGUACGCAUCCUUCAGAUGGGGAGGAUGUUCCAACUGGCAGCAACAUUCGUUGUCUUGUACGAUCAUGUGCUCUGUUGUCAGCAAGAAGUGGACUUGAUUUGGAACAGAUCAAAGUCUCUUGUGUCAUACCUCUACUUUACGGCGUUUGAUGCUGUAACUCCCGCUCAUAGACCCGCUACUUGGGGGAUGCUAUCUCAAUGCCGUAUUCUAUUUCAUUUCCAAUCCUACGGGCCUUUUGUGCCAGUAUGGGCUACACAAAUAAUCAUGCAACUGCGCAUUUACGCUAUGUAUCGCAAGUCCAAUAAAAUUCUGGCGUUCACGGGAGUCUUCUUUGUGCUCGAAAUUGCAGCCAUUUGCACGGUCCUGGCGCUAAACUUCGAUCACUCCUUAACAUACACCAAUGAAGCCAUACCCGGGCUUCUCAACAUGUGUGCAACUUCGACUAUCAAUAGAAGCUUCACGGCCAUUUACGUGCCUAUCUUUUGUUUCGAGCUUCUACUUUUCGUCCUUGCCAUAUUCGUUGUGCUCAAGCACAUGAAGAACACCCGUACAAUUGCUGGGAAGAAGCUUCACAACACGAUGGCAACACUGGUCAAGUACAACACGAUCUACUUCUUCGUUGAAAUGGCCGGAUGUGGUAUCGCCACGACGUUGUAUCUUGGUCUUCCGUCAAUUUACCUGGAGAUCGCGAAUUCGGCGCUCAUUGCAACUACGAUCAUCCUUGGGAGCCGACUCGUGCUUGGUACACGUAAUUUCUAUUCUGACCCAUCCGUGGAAGAUGGUUCGGGCCUGAGCCACGGGACCAGUCUGAGCCCCACAUUCACCCAACCUUCAUCAUUUGGGUCACUAUCCAGUCAUAUAGAGAUGUCGAUUAUCAGUGACAAGGGCCAUCAUUUGGAUACAAGUGAUGACGCUGUAUAA